AUUUCUAUUCUUUUGUCAAAAUGCUCGACCAGCGUGCUGCCGAAUGGAAUAGAGAUAACGCCUCCUCCCUGGUUCCGCCCGACAUUUUGCAGAAAGCUAAGCUCGACGCGUUGGCGUACUGUGUGCGGCGCAACUUCGGGGGAAUCUCGGCUGAAAUGGAGAAUAUGGCGCAGGCCCAGCUGCUCCAUCACCUAAAUCGGGGCAUCGAGCCUGUUGCUGUUGAAGGUGCGGAGGCGGCAGAAAGCGGACAAGAGCAGCUGAGCCACGAGCAUCUAGAUGGCCUUAAACUUGACGCGCUUCUGCAAGAUAACCUUCAACAGCCCGACCCUGACGGCAAACACCCAGUCCGCUACCCACUCAUUAUGCCUCGCGGCAAGACCACAGGCAGCUUGGGCGUGGUAAAUGUGUUGCAGGCGAAAGGCAUUCUCGAGAAAGAGGUAGCGAUCGUGUUUGGGAGUAGCUUUCCGGAAGAUGGGUCUCUUGCGUUCCUGAAUCGCUGCAUUGAUAAAGUCAAGCAUGGACUCGAAUCUGGCGAAGUGGUUGUGUUGGUAAACGCUGCGAAGAUUUACGAAGCGGUGUAUGACGCCCUUAACCAGUACUACACGGUAUUUGCCGGGCAAAAGUACGUCAACCUGGGCCUCGGUAACGACCACACGAAGGUGCAAGUGGCGAGCACAGCGAAGCUGGUUAUUUUGGAGCCAGAGCCGCACUUACUGGAUACCCCUCUACUGAAUCGCAUGGAAAAGUACGGUCUCUCCCCCAAAGAUCUACUGACUCAUGAGGAGAACGAAGUUCUUCAAUCUGUCAGACUGAAGCUACGAGCUUUCAUCCCACAACACAUGGUGCUCGCACCGGAGAAGAUUGCGCACUUUUCUGCUGACGAGACAUUACCGCUGCUUGCCAUGGAGGAGUUGGUCACGCAGCGCAAUAAAAUGGCUCUCAUGAUGAAGGCGUCGACGACACGUUCUUUGAAAGACGCCGCUACAGAAAGCUCCAUCAGGCGACUGUUUGAAAACAUGUACCCCGAUACAGUCAUAGCAGUCCUGCAGCAGAGCUUUUGCCUUGCAAGUUCGCGUGCAAAAGAGUGGUGGCUGGUGCAUCAACAUCGAUCAGCAGGACAAGAACUGAAGAUGCAACAGAAGCCGAGCUUUGAACGAGAACUGUAUCGGACGUAUUUUGGUGACCCGGAAAAAGCGGAGGACAAACGCACACUGGCGGAUCUCCUUCUUGCGCCCCUGGAAGAACACGCUUCGUCGCCUUCCUGGGUCAGCACUUACAGUGUCAUACUCGACUCUUCAAAGCGCCAACUCGGUGUAGCUGCCGCUUCUGCAACUGCAACGCCUACUUCCCUCGUGGGGACCGCGGCCAGGACCGGCGCGUCCGAGAACGAGACUGCUCCUGACCCCGGCCCGCCAACGCGUGUGAAUGUGCAGCGCGUUCAAAUAACCACCUUCUCCAGUGCCCUUAAUCCGAACUACGUGGGCAGUUUGAUGGGCCUGAAGCAACUACGGGUCGACUUGCGAAGUCUUCGAGAGGUGCGUGCGUCUGCUGAUCUAUCGCACAUUGUGCGGGUGUUUUUGCGAGAGUCCCACGAAAAGCACCAUAAAAGCCUUCGAAAGAAGCGCUCGACCCGUACGAGCAAGACCAGGCGCCACGUCCUUUUGCUGAAAGCGGACCCCGACACGGUGCACCUGAUCGAAUCCGCGCGACACGCCCUCGAGGCCGACCUCGAGCGCUUCUUCCAAGAGCACAGAGCUGAUGGUCCCGUUUCUGACGAGCCUGGCGCGGGCCGCACUGUGUUACCCUCGGACCGUGGUACCGCGAUCUUGCGAUCGGCUCCCAGUGCUGGCGCUGAUACUGGCUUUGCGACCAGCGCGCCAGGAGAUAGGGCACACAGCACCGACCUCGCCGCUCCUUUCCUGUCCGCUCCUGUUGGUGCACUUGCGAGCGCGCACGAGAAGCCGUUGGACAUAUCUAUCGUGUUCUUGGUCCAGCUAACGGGCGCUGUCGACAGCAACGCUACAGUGCCGUACGUAGUGCAGCCAAACGGGUGGCGCGUGGCUCAUCUUGACGAUGCUUCCGUCAGUGGUGAAGACGCCACAGGUGACGGUCAGAUUCUACCCAGUCUUAAGAAGCUCAUCCAGCUUCGCACUAUGUCGAAUGUCUUACAUGAAAGCAUCGUGGGUAGUGGUGAACCCAAAUUGUUGACGUCCCUACUGCAACGGGUCCUCCAUGGCGCGGUGGUCGAGAUGAGUGACCAAGCAGGAUUGCAGCGGAACACGGGGCAACAGACGGCCGCGCAGGCCGCGAGAGAUUCUCCUGCAUUCCUUCUGAACUCUUUGCUCAAGCUCGCAGAUAAAAACUCCGAGGUCGGCGCGACAUUCGCGAAGUUCGUUUUUAGCCAGGUCGCGACUCAGAACACCAGAAAAGACGACGAGAAAUCGUCUUGGUUGGUCGCCGCCGCAGAAAAGCGGACGAAAAAAAGGAAAACUGUCGUCGGAGGUAGUGGCAGCCUGCGGGCCGCUGUGAAUAUUACUACAACGACAUUUCACAACGACCUGGAAUCUUACUUCCUUGACGAGCUGGCAAAGCGCGUCGGGAGGCUAUUGGGCCAGCUCAAUCGCAAUGGGAACUUGUUGCUAAACAUCUCGUCCAUGGUUCGCGGCCAGGUGUCGAAUCCAGCAGAGCCUUUGAGUUCUCAGGGCGUCGUUGGCGGAGUCGCGCCUCCAUCUUCCGGCACCGCAGAGGCAGUUGGACCGUCUGCACUUUCGCCGGAGACCCAGGUGCAAAGUGACCGAAGAGCCCUAUUCUUCGCAUGCACCAAGCUGCUCCAGUGGGGAAAUUCGAACACGGCGCAGUCGAACGACAUCGCGGCAACUACAGCUGUGGAAUCGUUACGAUUUCCAUUUUUUGCACAUGUUUUUCAGCACCUCAGUGAUCAGUUCGAGACACUGGCUCGCCGGAACCUGAACGCAGGUCGCAGGAACGACAGCGAGGUUGCAAGCCUGUAUAGGUCUUUUCGAGCCAUAGUUUCGGAGCUGAAAGUUCCCAAGCUGCCCCUUUCCUCGCAGGGCGAUAUGCCGAUUAACGAGGAACUCGCGGUCGAUCUUUUCAUCGGCGACCUGACAGAAAUGAUCGUCGCGGGAGAACGCGACGUGCGGGAGGCUCUGCGACCUGUAGAAGAUAGGCAGGGGCUGCUGGGACAGUUGCUUAGAGGUGAAGCUAUUGCACUGAACAAGCAUGGUGCUAAAACCAGCGAGAUCGGAGCAGCAGUAGAAGGAGAAGGAGGCAUAACCACCGGCGUCCGAGACAUCACGCUGCAGGAACUAGUUAUGAAGCUCGCGGAUCAUGUAUUUGUGUACCGUCUGUUCCUUGAUGACUUGCGCGCAAUCGCAAUGUACCUCGGAUUCCUUCGUGUCACCGUACGUGAACAGGUGAACUUGUUGAACGACCCAGAACCGCAACAGGCCGGAGUGGUGGGCGAGAAGGGAGUGAAAGGGCAAAAACAAAAAGAAGCUUUCGCGGGGCGCCACCGACCGCAACAAAAACCCCAAGCUGCAGCAUCACCUCGCGACCAUGGCCAGACCGAUCCCCGCGACCGCCUCAAGGCCUGGCGAAAGGAGCUCGCCAGCCGUGUGUUGCGGAACCUUAUGAAGGCGGACGCUAAGCAAGAUCCUGCGUGGCGCGACCUCACUCGAGACUCGCUAGUCCUGCAUCCCCUCAGCAUAGCCCACGAUCACAUCGCGAUCGCCGCGAUUGUGUCGAUUGUCCCAACCGGUUCCGCGUCCUCCGCACAAAAUGCUCAGCCUGAUAUGAAUGCCUUGAUGAGCGCCUAUCCCCACCGUUUUGAGGAGCUGUUGGCAUUCCAUACAACCCGCAUGGAGCAGCUAUUCAAACUUCUUAGCAAGGACUUGCUUCCCGUUGGCGAUGGCGGGAAUGUUCAUACCCCCAGAGCACUAAAGUCGGAAUCGAUGCACCCGACGCGGCAACGGACAAUGUCGACGACCGGCAAGAACGACGAUGCCCAACCGUUGGGGGUGAUGAUGCGGAAAUUCGAGUUCUGGUUGCAAUUUCAUCUGUGGGCGUUUCUCCCCGGCCUGCGCGCCGCUGUUCCCCCGCAGACAAUCUUGGGCAGCGAGGACAAUGCAACUUCCGCCGAAAAGGAAGCAGAGUUGGAGCUUAGUAAGUGGGCUGUGUUUCUGCACACAACCACCCACGCUCAGCGGACGCAGCCCUCCACAGGCGCGAACGCAGGACGCGACGCGGCUACAUUGUCUCGCGUGCUCAAAGGACAUGAUAAAGAUGGAGUGCUCAUUAUGCUUUGCCCCAUGCUCACCCUCGCCAUCAAAUUCCGAUGCUAGCUCACCUAAACACUUACUUAUCGUGCAAGUCGCGGAGCUCUCGGUCGGGUAGAAGUGGAGAUGCUUGAUAUGUUAUAUGCUCGGAACAGUUCUAACUGGAUGUAAACAUAGUAUCAGUUUUCUAUGAAGCCCAGCUUCCUGGCUGAAAAGUUCCGGUGCCAGCUGUCAUGCAAAAUGGAGGCUGGACCUUCACCUUCACCUUCCCGAGUGGCGAUUUCCACGUAGCGGCUGUUUUCAUUUUAUUCGAAGUUGUAAUCCGGCUCUCAUUAAGAUUAAGCAGGCACAGAGCUAAUAGGCGUGCUCAUUUCAAAUUAGGUGAGGGCAGCAUGGCGUUUUUUGAACAGGAUAUUGAUCGAUAUGGAAAGUGACCCAAAAAUUGUUGUCGGGCUUUUCACGACGUUAGCCGAUGUUGCCCUACACAACGCGCAUGACAGCCGUGAAAGUGGCAAGGCGCAGGUGAAGGAGACGGUCUUUCCGCCCAGCAUCUUGCGAGAGUUCUUUGCUCGCUUGUUGUCCCUCGGCGAGAAAUCUCGCCCGCUGCUUGAAUAUUUGGUAAAGAACCCCAAAGCUGUGUGCACCCUUCUUGAACGGAUGGAAGACGAGGAAAGCGGGUCCCUCAUGCGUUUGCUGACCGCGAAAAUCUUUCUCGAAGGUCUGCACGAUAGUACUGUACGACGCACUCGCAAACCAAACGGCUCGGAUAAUUCACAACAAUGUUUCGGGUCAGCUAGUCUAAUAAGAUCGAACGCCGAAGAGAGCGAAGAGAGCGACGGGACCAGCAGCGACAGCGAUAUGGACGAAACGAUCCACGACGUUUCCGCAUUCGAGUACUUCGUGAAAAAGCUGCUCGAGCUUCUCAAAGCCGGGCAGACACGACUUGACAAUAGUCUGCAACAACAAAGUGGACCGCGUAACCCGCGGCUCUUCAGUAAGUUUUUGCAAAGCGCCGUCUAUCGAUUCAAAUACCGCAACCGCGCCCAUUCUGGAUGGGGAUAUAGUAUGAGUGAAUGUUUACAGGAAAUUCUUGGCGCCACUGACUCAUUUAUGUCCUCGUGGAAAAGAUAUGAAUGCAUGGGCACCGAAAGCAAACAGUUUGGGUUUGCUCUUGACAGGCCUUUUUUGCGCCGCUAAUCUCUAUUUAAGUGCAAUGCAGCAUAUUUUCCCAAAUGUUGAAUGGGUGCUCUUUUCCAUUUGAUACAGUUUCAGAGGCGUAUGAGCAGGAGUAUGCGGCCCAAACCGCAUACCUGAGAGAAAAUGGCUAGCAUAGGCACUGUAUCCAUGACCAUGGAUGUACAACAAUGCAACGAGCACCACACUUCGACAGAAAUGUGCCUGCGUAGGCUCAUCAACUACACUUAUUUCUAACGGCCGAUGCCGCUGCGACGUAUUCAGUCUUGUAUAUACAGGUCUACUGUGCUAGCUCUUUUCUCAGUGAUAAGCGCCACCUCCUGCGGCCCACGAGGCACGACAAUUCAUCCAACAGCAUUGCGGUGCACCUAACGAAUAUUCAAACCGCGCUAGCCCAACUAAACGAGCAGGUCACACACAUUCCCUCAAGCCAGGUUCUCAAAUUCCAGGCUCAAUUGCACCAAGGAUCGCUUGCAGUAGCGGAGGAGCUUUUGCAACAGAAGCUGGACUCUAACCUGAGCGCCUUGCCAUCUGCUUCCGAGAAUGGGGAGCAAAGUUUUUUGGCUGACGAGGCCCGUCAGCUCUGGCAGGAUCGCACGUACGGACGGGCCCUGCAGGGGCGCAUUCUCCGCCUGAUUCGAGAAAAAAGCGACCUCAGUUUUUUGGUAAAUUUACUGCAAAGGAAUGACUGGCUUGCAGUGGGAGUACUAGACGAACGAAACAAAAAUGGCGCUACUGCUGCUGCUGUGGUGCCGGAUGUGUUUGGGGGAAUUUUUCAUGUAGCAGCGGACACAGCAUGCCCGGCCGAAAACGUAAACUAUGGCGCACAGCUAACCGGAUCUAGCAGUUCGCGGUUGUCCAGUCAACAAGCGACGGGCGCCUCUUCUGAUGAAAAUUUCGCCAACACAGCCUAUGUCAGCAUGAAUGUGCUUUGGACAGCUUUGGAUGCUGCGCUUUCCGAGGACAACGAGAUUGAACUAUUGCCAUGGCUUCAGAAGGCCAUGGAACCCGAAAUCAGGAAAGAGAUGAUCUCGGAGCAGGACCAGCCCUUCUGGCGUGCUGUCCGCUUUGCGGCGGUGCAACGAUACGUAUUUCAUCACAAUGUGAGCCCAAGCCCAACGGUGCUCGACAAGAUCUGGGAAAUCAUCAAACGCUCCGCUGAAAAGGAAAAACUUGACAUCUCAUCUGGAUUGCGCCGUGUGCUGAACUACUGCCGAAGCUGGGCCCAGGGUAUCAUGAGUAAAAGCCCCCCGCCGUCCCCAUGGGCAUGUUGCUCAAAGGAAGCUGGCUCGCACCUGAACAUGUGCACAAAAUCGAGUUGACUUGUCUUCCAAGACGUUCAGGUACUUAUCAGGCAUUUUUCACUUCCAAGCGAGGGCGACCCGUCGUACUAUUCUGUUAUCGUGCAGAUCUUGUAGGCGAGUGGUGGCUGCAGUGCCAAGGACUACUCAGCACGCGUCUGUUGAAUUGCCAUGGUUCUUCUGUGACCGACUGUAUGUAGCGCUAGCCAUGCUCAGAAUUAUGCCGACAAUUUUUCUUCUCUGUUCCAGGGCGGGGGAGGUUUUUUUAGUUUGAUACAGUGCGAAAUCACGUUCCCGCCAGAUGACGGCGUUGACGCCGACGGUCUACAGGAGCAAGUUGCGCAAUCUGGUUCAACAGGUGGGGUUGCGACGCAACGUCACCUGGUUGUUCACAAGUCUCAUAUCACAUAGAAAAGCAAACCCUACCGGCAAAAAGAGCUGCCUCGAUCAAUUGCGUUUUCGAUACUAGAUAUGUUUUGCAUUGAGUGCCCUGCUGUAGUAGCGCAACGCUGACAAAUCGGGACGUAUUUUCUGUCAUGUUAAACGAACACUGCUGAAAUUCGGACUAGCAGUCGGCAAUGCAAAAAUCCACAAGAAAUAUCUGUAGAGCUGUGCCCGAAGAGCGGUCUGGAAUGCACGAGCCGCUAGCACGUCGCUAAGACAGCAAAAAGCAUGCGGCUUCGGAGUCCGCGUGACCCGCUAAUUGCAGAAGGUGGCUGCGGGUUGCGAAAGGAAAGAGCGGGUCGCUUCGUAUUUCUGUUCGGCCUGAACAAAAUGUACUGGAUCUGAUCUGACGAGUUUGCUUUUCUCUGCGAUACUUUCCGCACGAGGAUCAGCAGCGCAAGUGGAAGGGACGCAUCUUGACGGGGAUGCCGACGACCGGCUUGCUGCGAUCUCGUUCGUGCUGCGUUUGGCGAUGGUUCACCUGCUUCCACAGAUGGAUGCUAUUACUACCGACCACGAAAUAUCUCUGCUGCACGCCCUGAGCCCCACGAAACUUACGAAUUACGACAAUCUCUGGCUGCCUGGAAUGUCUGGCUCCGAGGAUAUCGCAGCGGAGGUGUACACGGUGCAUCAGUCUCAGGUCGAAACAAAGUCGAGGCAUUAUCGCGGUGACGGAAGGUCUCAAAUCGAACGAAUUACUUCAAUUGUCCGCCACAGAGCCUGCAGGAGGUUCAUACAUGUCGGUGCUUGUGGUGGUUUAGGGAAUGACGAUGGGCGCCUUUGCACUGUUUGUGGCGGAAGGAUUGGCGGAGGUCACGGAGAAAUGACGGAUGCACAUGGCAACGAGUUGCCCGCUGACGACCCCAGAAAGAUCGGCACCUUGAGCAACGAGUUGGUGUACGGAACAGCGUACUUCAUCGACGUCAGGGGCAUUGGAGAAUCACGCGGGUCGAGUUUGGACGCGCUAAGGGAGGAAGGCCCCACGGGAGACGUGUUGGCAGACAAUGAUGGGAUAUUUGAUAGAGCGGCUAUUAGUUGGCAGCGCCAUUCAUCGCGGGCCCGGCGAAGUUUACCGGAAGACCGACGCGAGAGCGCGCUGAAAGAGAACGACUUCACGCCCGAAGAAGACCUGACUCGGCCGGAAACUGUGGCUCGCAGAGACUACAGCUACUCCCGUCUGUACUCUUGGGGGCCCCGGCGCGACGUAGGGCGUACGGAGCGGCAGCUACUCUUGGCGCUCGUGCACGCAAGCCGUGUGCUUACGGACAUCGUUAUUGGACCAGGUAGAAGCUCCGCGGAAUCUGGAAGUCUAUCUGCGCCAGCUGGAUCAAGCGGCGGUGACGCUCGUGCCUUUGGUCACAGUGCCGCAGUAGAUGAGCUGACUCAUCUCUCUGCUGCGAGUGAGGAUCUGCUGCUCGACGUGCGAUUUUUCCGGGAUCGGUUGCGCAGCGAAGACGGGGUAGAUCUGACGGCCCUUGGUAUAGCCGCGGUGUUUCAGCACGUUGCCAGUAAUAUCGAGAAGGCAGUGGACCUACGGGAUGUCGUCCGCCUUGACAAUGAGGCAAAGGCAGAGAUCGGCGCGACGUGGAACAACGACCCGAACGACCCCAAGAUUGCCUCAGUGUAUGAGAACCCCAGUCUGGCAACCAAUAAGCCUGAGGUGCGCACGAGCUCCGUCGCAGACUACCUUCCGUAUUUUCAAAGUUUCACUACAACGAAGCACCGGAGGUAUUGGGAGCGCGAGGCCCUUCGCCGCGUCGUGCGCCCAGUGCUUCCCGACUGCCCGGACGCGCAAAAGGCGAUGCUGAAGCCGUUCCAUGACGCAGCGACCAAGAUCUUGAAGGUGCAAGGACCUCCAAAACGGGCCCACCAAUGGUUGGAGGAGAACAAAAAGGCGGAGGGCGAAGCGUUUCAGGACUGGCCCGACCCGGCAGAAAGCGAGCAGAAAAUCGAGAGCCGUUUGGCAAGGGGUUUCGAAAUCGAAAACAUUGUUCGGGCGCGCCUUGAGGCUACUAGAAAUCGCCAUCUCUCGGACAGUACUGUAAAGCAGGUUGCACCUCUGAAAAUUUUUGGCACUUUAUUUGGGUCCUUCUCCAGUAACGCGACAAACUGGCGCAUGCAGCUCUUCAGAGCGCUGAAUGGACCCACUUUAAUCUUCCCGGCACUUCGCCUGUGGUCACAUCUAACCCAAUGCCUCGAGGCAAGCCGCUACUCCCCACGCAAAGCAUUUGGUGCUGUGCUCGAUGAUCUAGCUUCGCAAGGUCCCGAGAGAAACGGCGGCUUUACGGCUACGGACUUGCGCGCGGGAAAGAUCGCUGCCGCAUGUUUGAUCCAGCUCGCCGCCGACAAGAACGCACUUCCAGCGUUAGAGGGCGACAGCAAUACGACUUGCGUCGACUUUCUUCGCGUUUCAGGAGCGGGCGUUGAACCACGGAGCCGCUAUCUCAACAAGGUCUGGAGUCAAACCCUGCAGGAGCUGUUUGGGUUAGGUGGCAAAAUGGAAAAGGCGUUUCAAGAGGUGGUAAAUUUACAAAAUGAGUUGCUGGUCCAUGCUCGCCAGUCCGGCUACAUUUCCCCUGAAUCUUGGCGCAGCAAGCGACCACGUCCAUUGCAGUCUCUUUCUGCAGCAGACGGUGAUGGAGAAGUGUUUGGGACGCGCGACAGCUACAGGUUUUGGGAUGAGCUCGUUGCGCACGCCAACUUACACAAAACUGGGGUAGGCCGUGUGACAUUGAAUCAGGACGAGAACAAAGACGCCGAGCUUGUUGAGAGGUUGGAGCGCACUUUCUACGCUUUAUACUUGGCUGACCGGGGGUUGCUUGCAUUCCGCGAGGACGAAAACGGGAGCCAUGAUGUCCAAGGCGGCGCCACGAGCGAAGGUGGCUGGCAAGUUGAAGGAAUGGACGUGGCAGCACCCACUCCCAGUGGCGCGAUGGGCCCGAAUGCCGGGACCGACGAGUACCCCGAACUCAGGCAGCGUCUUCUCUUUGAUUUUUACGACGUGCCCGGCCCGCUCAAGUUGAUCAACGAGUUUUGCAAGGAGACGCUGACUGCGCCCACCGGGCAAGUUCCGGACCUGACAAUCCCGCUGAAGGAUAUUCAGACCAUCUCCGAGCACUUGCAGAAGCAGUUCCUGCAUGAACAUAGGCAGCGCGUAGCAGAAGGGGUUUCCGCGCAGAGUCGCGCACUGUUCGAAACAAGCGCGAAGAACAGGGAAGAACGCAUGAAGUGCGUCUCUGAAUGGAUUGCGCAGACGCAGCAACAGCCUGCCGGCGUCACAGAUGAAACGGCUCAUGCUCCCGAUGGCGAUCCUGUCGCAUCGCCGCGUGGCAUUGCCCAGGGGUUGCGCACUCGUGCCGAUGAGCCCCUAAGAGAAAACGCGCGCACUUCCGAGUUGGAAAGCGCGUGCUUCACGUCACCUGCAGUUUCGGAGUGGAAACGGUAUGCAACAACGCAGCUGCAGGAGUAUUUCAAGGCGACCUUGCACCUACAGCUGACCUCCGCCAGUCUGCUAAAGUAUUUUGAGGAUGGCAAGAAAAAAUGGAAUCAGAAAAUUACGGCAAGCCAAAUAUUCAUGUUGGAACGGUGGCUGCGCAUCAAAAAGCACAACACUGCCCGGACCUUUUUGCCUAGUUUUUUUUGGGCCGCGUUGCACGAGGAAUGGAAGACGGAGGACCCGGAAUUACCGGGCCAGGGUGCAGAUCAGGACCCGGAAGAGCGAGAAGCGAAGGUGAAAGAAAAGCUUCAGCACUACUACCACCAUUACCCGAGUCAUUUUUUUGAAAAAGCCUCAGGGCAGCAAUAUCUCGCCCGCGCCGCGGCAAGUUUCCUGCCGGAGCAGCACCGCCUGAAGUCACGAGCGGCAGGGAGAGCGUAUGGAAGUGGUCCAGAGUGGGAAAUAUUCAUGAAAGCGAGUAGAUGAGCAUACCACAAUGAGCAUGAUUUUUGACACUGUGCGUUAGCGUGAGUGUGUUAUUUCCGACCCAUCGACUGCUCUUUAUGGUAUUCUUCAUUCGUGAUCAUGCCGACGACGUGCAGACUUCUUCACUAAGAUGACUGCUCAGACUUCGACUUUUGAUUUUGCAUCGCACUCUAAUCAUUUCGGAAAGUACUUCCCAUCGCCUGAUAUGGCCUGCAUACUGAAGAAUACGAAUGCAUCUUGCAGAUCUGGCGCGGGCUGACACACGAGGCUGAACGCAACCCACCGGGGAUCUCAAACUCCUCCCAGAAGACAAGCAAAUUCCGUUAUGAACAGGCAGUCUCGGAACGCCGCAAAUACACGAAGAUGUUGAGGGACGGCAGUUCGGGUUCGGAUUCCGAAAGUGUCGAUGUCUCCUGCCUUUCGGAAGAAAACAAAGGCUGUGCACCCGACGACCCGGGCGAUAAGGCGCCCGGAAGUCCUGUAAUCUCUCCCGAGGAAGAGGGACGCUUGCCAGUUUCGCAGUACGUCUUUCGCCGUUGUGAGUCGCUCGGCUUGGAUGAGCGUAAGUUCGUUUGGGAAACAGCGAAGCGUGUCUUGGAGUCUGGCCGAGCUCAGCAAAUCACUUUGGCGCUGCACCACCUCGCCCAACAUUGGGUCGCGCACGAGACCCGCGUUGGCGAGAUCCCGAAAAAAGAUUUGAUACGACCAAAUAAUCGCUUCUUUGAACUGCGCGAUCUUUUUGUGCAGUAUUUCGCACUAGAGAAGGGACCUGAAGUCCUGGAAUACGCGGACGCGCUUUUUUUUCAGACCACUGGCCGAUCUGCGCAAGACGCCGAGCAGAGCGUGCGAAGCGCUCUCGGACGCAUCACCACUACUGCAAGCAAUCGACCCCCCAUUUCCAUACUCAAAAGAAUUUGCUAGAUCACAAAUCGUGUAAGUAGCUCGGCUCAGUACUCCUCAGACUUGAUGCGUCCUUUCCUUAUAGACACUGCCUCGCACGAUAACUGUGGUGGGUAGGGCAGCUUUGUUGUGUCAUAGUUGAAAAGGCGAAUUCUUGCGGCUUACUUGCUAAUUUGUUGCCACCGCGCUCGUUCUCCCCCUGCAAGGUAGGGCUCUCGGACACAAAGAGGUCACUUGCAUGCACAGGUCAUGAUCGGAAGCAUCCCGGUUGCGAAAAAACCAUGGAACGCCACGCAAAUUUUUCUAUAAGUAGUACUUAUGGGGCGGGUUUUUUCUUUCGCUUGAUACCCUCCGAGCUCUCACUGUGCCUGCUGGAGGAGCUUGUCCACAUUUUCGAAAAGGCCGAUGAUGGAAAGACUUCCGUGGCUCGCCAGCAGAUGGAGAUCAACUACAGCCGGGCUCGCGAGCAGCAAGAAAAAGCCAACGACCCAACACCAGUGGUCGAACUCGGGCGUCAGCAAUGUGAAACAGACCCUCCUAAUUCGUUUGAGGGCAGCAGUCAAGGUGUCUCUGUAGGAGAAACAAGUGCUGGCGUUGCGAGCGAUGAAGACGCAGAGGUGGUGGGCCAACAAGAGGCGGCACAGCAGGAAAACAUCGGCGAUCAGGGCGGCGACGCGGGGGUUAUGUUCCAAGCCUCUGCUGCCCGUGGCGUGCGACACCCAGCGGCCUGCUAUUCGCUGUCUUCCGGUGCAAGUUCAGUCGGCGGAGACGAGGACAUGGGCGUCACGAUGGACGAAGAUCAGUUACCACGAAGCCAGGACGCCACGGGCGGCGCCCCGCGGCGAUUCUCCUCGCCGACAAUAGAGGAAUCGCACGAAGCUUCUCCCGCUGAUUUUGACGCCAGGAAAAAGAAGCUCACCUACCUUGGCUUGUCGAAGACCGCGCAGGCGCCAAGGGCGGAAAGGCGAAGUGCGUUCCAGCAGAAGCCAGAGGUGUCGGGCGAUGCCGUUGUAAACCCAGGAACUACAACAACGAAGAUCAGGGGAGCAGUGCACACGCACCAACUAGGGAGAAGUUAUCAGGAAAAUUUCGAGGUGACCCAUAAGCCCCUUGUGGUUCCCGAAAAUAGGCUGGGGGAAGAAGUUCCUGUAACACUGGCAGGAGUAGCGAAUGCACGUGCAUUGUAUCAGCAUAUCGCUGCGCCCGCGCAAGAGCCUCCCGCAAUUCCACUGGAGGUUUUUCGGGACCACAGGGAAUACGCCAGCAUCUUCAACAGUGUACUCAUACGAUGGAAAGAAGCUUGGGGCCUCGCGGAGGCAAGCGACUUGUCCUCUACUCUGCCUCAGCCGUUGCGCGCUGUGCUAGACACCGUUCUCGAGAGCACUGUCGACGCGCACGCGAAGCCCGACAAGGCAGCAGCAUUCUUUGAGAUUGCUAAAGCCAAUGAGACGGACGAGAAACGCGCUUCGGAAAUUGCCAGUGCGAUCGAAGCAUAUACAAAUGCCGCCGUUCGACAGAGGGGGCGGGCCGAAGAAGAGGGCCGCGAAGCCGACCCAGACAAAACUCAUCCCCUCGCUGUCCAGCCAGAUGGGCCGGUAGACGUGUCCCAGCGUGAAGUAAGUAUGGAUGAGCUGCGUGGCCUCGCAGCGGAGGAGUUAUGGGGCAGUAUCUUCGCCAGUCGCGGCCCCGGUGGAAACUCCCAAGAAGUUGUACUCCUACAACUUCGCACGAGCCAUCCCGACUUCGUUGCGGAAUUCCAGCAGAAGAUGCUAGAAAUGAUGAGGACGCCUAGAACACGGACCAUGCUGGUGAGAUUUGCGGAGCUGCUUCAAGACCAGGCCUUAAACACCAAGUACUUCAAAGACAAGAUGAAGGGAGGAGCGGACUUUGAGAAUGGGGUCGCAAAGAUCGAGUCCAUGGAGGAACUGGCAAAGCAUCUACACCACAAGGUUCUCACGAAGCCGAGGCCUCAGUCGCAGGACCUGAAAGAUGCUUUCGAUGCGCUAUUCGCAGAACACGAAAAUGACCUUGGGCCACUGUUUGAGCUGCAAACAAUUGUGAGAAGACAUUUUCCAGAUGUAUUGUCACCUGCUCGAGGGCGGGCUGCCGAUCCUCAUGCGGCGAGCGGGAGUGAUAUUUACCUGCGCCCCGAGAUGCCCAAAAAAGGCGUAGAUAUUACUGCAGUAAAAAGGAGGAAGUGGUGGAUAUUCGCUGCCCGCAUCGCGUGGGCGAUGAGACUGCGUAAAUUUUCAAGUAAAUUCGCUUGGAGCCGCUUUCUCCAGAGUGAGGAAGAAGCUGGUCCCGAACUGCAGAUGGUUGAUCUUCAUAGAAUCACCCUCGAUCUGUACCGCCGCAGCUUGGAAAGGAUGUCGGACCUCGGGCUUUUGGCGCGAAAACGACAGCAAGCGAGCCCAGCUACUCAGUUGCUCAGGCUCCUGUGCAUCUUGCCGAAAGGAUAUGUCUUCGGGCCGGGUGGUCCCAAAGCAGCAGAUGUCGCGAAAAACCUAGAAAGUCUGAAGGGAAAUUUAGCAGAUGCCCGACUCGGGCUAGUGCCCGUCGUCUUAGGUAUCGUCGAAGGAAGUUCGGACGAAGUGACGAAGAAGACCAUUGCUGGGUACCUCCAGGUGACGAAGAUACAGAAGCUAGACCCGGUGCCGAUAGGCCGUGUUAAUUGCCAGGAGGACAAGGUCGCCGAGUCGGACAAUUCUCUGCCUCCUUCAGAAGGAGAGGAAUGCGAUGAGGACGAGGGCGCGGAGGGGGAUAGCGACGAUUCUCUGCGACCGGGAGAAGGGCUGGACACUGAGUCAGCAAUGUUGGCAGCCAAGAUGCAUACGCUUUCCCUCGUCUCUGAGAAAGGACUUGAAGACCCGGAGCAGUUUGCUUCUGGUGGAUGUGGAUCGGUUGCGCUGGGAGGCGAUCGCCAAGUGCCUCCAACCUUCACUGGGGGCGCGGAUCAUGCUCUGUGGGGUGCCAACAACUCGGCGAGAGCUAAUGAAGAGCAAUCUGCGGGGCACCACACUGAGCCUGGCCAUCCCACAGGAGAUAACACCACGGACGAUGUGGAUAUGUCAGGUCCAGAGUUUGACGGCGGCGGCGACAGCGCGCCAGCGCCGGAACAUUCAAGCAGUGUUGAAGCGAUUUUAGACGAGGAACGGAAACGGGACAUAGCGACGCACCCGGAGCGCCUUAAGCCAAAUGCAAAUUGGUCUACGUUGUUUGCAUCCAUUGGCGACCAUAACCGCCAAGAACCGCUGCUGGAGUACAGGGUCGUUCUACAGCCCGACGAGCUUGGAAGAGAGAAAACGGGCCAUCGCGCUAGCAAUGGUCGUGGCGAAGAAUUGAUGUAUUCAGAGACUGAGUUGCAGCGGCUGUUUGCUGGAGCGGUUGGAACUUUCGUCGACAGUUACAUAGCGCAGCAUGAACUGGAAGAAGACCACGCGCAGAAGUUGAAACAGCACCAGUCUCAGAUACAAAAUGAGUCGAAAGAGCAAUUGCUCAAUCUCUCCCAGAGCUCUUCGCGGGUUCCCUUUCUGUACAAUUAUCAAGCGCCGCUGCUGGAAGCGGAGCCGCCUCGUUGGCUGGAGCAGUACUGA